AUGGACGAAAAAACCAGCGCUGCGGUUUUAGUCCAAACAAUUGGCUCUAACUAUAUUACAUCGACGAUCACAUCUGCCACAUCUUCUUUAUCAACUGUAACUGGAAUUAUAAUACCUAUUGUAACAUCACGUACAAAGAUGUUAAAUUUAUGGGUUCAUGAUGAAAAAUUUUCAAAACAAGAUUUUAUUAUGAAUCCUGAUUGUUUUCCGGAUGCAAAACCUGGUCAAUUAUUAGAGAUUUAUCAUUCUACAGAAGUUUCGGAUGUUACAAAACAUUUAAUUGUUAAAGUUUGUGCUUUCGAUAAAGAAUAUAUAGGGAAGGAGAGACCGAUUUUACAAGUUUCACUCGCAAAUCAUAUUGCACAAAUAUUUGGAUUUAAAACGAGAACUAAUGUUAUUGUUGAUGUAGAAUCAGUUUCGGCUGAGUACAUUGAAUUCUCAUUUCGUGAUCAAUAUAUUGGUAGAAGUGAUAUGUGGAGGUUAGCCCGUAGUCUUACAGGAACUUGUGUCUAUCUUGGCAAACGAAUAGAGUUUGCUGGAUGCAUUCGUGCGCAGGUUAAAAAGAUUUAUGUUAAAGGACGACAGGUCUCGUGUGGAUAUAUAACAGGAGAGACAAAGCCAAUAUUUAGAUCUGAAUCUGCGAAAUUAUUUAUUUUUGUUCAAAUGUCUCGAGAAAUGUGGGAAUUCGACGAAGAUGGAGAAUUGUAUUUUGAAAAAGCAAUCGGAUUUUUUUCUGAAUUAUUUAAACAUUGGAAACAGUUGGGAACAAAUCACGUAGUUUCAAUAGUUUUAUUUUCAAGAAUAUUUUACGAUUAUGAGCAUUGUGAAGAUGAUCCUGAAUUACGAACAGAAGGUUCUUUGAUGAAAGAUUAUAAAAAUAGAUGUUGUAAAGAUUUUUACAAGGUUAUAGUUGAUUGGGAAACACGAUCUGAUUGGAGUUCUGUCUUGAUGCCUUUAAAAAAUGAAUUGUUAAAUUAUCAACCUGCAAUUUUGACGAGAAAUAAGCGGUGUCAAGAUGGUUACUAUAAUGUUUUAGCUGGCAAUAACUCUUAUGCGUUUGAAGGUAAUGUAUUGGAGGCUAUUAAUCUUGCAAUGAAUCCAUUUGAUAAACAUUAUGUGGAUCGAGAUUUAAUGCGUACGGGAUUAUCGAUCUUUAUAAUAACUCCCGGAUGUGGAAGAUUCGAGGUUGAUAAAAAACUUUUGAGAAUCACGACCGAACGAAUAGUUGAUAAUGGAAUUGGAUUGGAUCUUGUAUGUUUGUCAAAGGCUCCGCUUCAUGCAGUUCCAUUAUUCAAAUUUAAAUCCCAGGAAAUAUCCAAAGCCCCGUUACCUGAAUGGUUUGAUAAAAAAAUUCAUAAAUCACAACAAGCGAAGGAUAUGUAUUUGGAAUUGAGAAGUCCAUUGGAUUUUGAUGAAAAAUCAAUUGAUGCUAAUUAUGUAUACUAUGACACUCCUGAUUGGAUGGAGUGUAAUUUUUACUCAAGAUACCAGGAUAGACCACCUAAACCCGGCAAAUUUGUUCCAAGAUAUGUGCGAUUAAAGUCAAGACAAAUGGGAUUUCCAUACGGACAAUGUAAUGAUUCAAUAAACACGAUUAAUCGACCUUCCGAUUUACCGCAACUGCGCAGAAGCAAUGAUGAUUUUACUAUUUAUCAAAAGAAUUAUCCAAAUGAGCUGUCAAGAAGUUUGCCAAAGGGAUUACCGCUUAGCUUAGCUAUGUCAUCUAUCCAUCCUGAACAAAGUCGACAAACUUCAACGACUUUCAAAAGCGCAAGACUUUCUGGAAGUAAUUUAAUUGAUUCAUCAAUCAUUCAUAGUAAAGAAACUCUUAUGAGAUCUCAUUUACACGAAAUUUGCCAUGAGGGAGGUUUUCGAGGAGAUCAAACCGAUGAAGAAGAAGGCCCUGUGGUAACUUCUAGCACUGUUGAGGCGAUACCCAUAAGAUCGUCAGCUAGAUCAGUAAGGAAUUCAAUGCCAUCAUCACCUAAAAGUAGCGUUCCAGAAUCGAUUAAAAGCUCAUAUGCUAGUGAGAAAGGAAGAUCAAUAAUUGUUUCAAAACAAGUUCAACCUGUGUUAAUAAAUCCUUGUAAACGUUCAAAUAAAACCGGAAACGGAAUUCGGCUGAAAAGAUGGGAACAUGUCUUUCCACAACCAAAAUUAAUGAACUCAGUUAAAUGGUCAGCUCUUUAUACCCCAGCGUGUCUUCCUUUAACCACAGAUCAUUUUCCUAUAAUAAAUGAACAUGGUUAUGAAGAAGGAACUUAUACAAUCUCUGUGGAUCCUGAAACAUUCCCAAUGAAUCAAGAACACAGUAUUACUGAAGAGAGUAAAACCGAAAUAUUGUUAAAUGAAAUGAUAUCUCAACGUUUAGCUCAAGGAUAUCAAUUGAUAGUACCUCCUGGCUCUAAUACUACUAUAGAAAAUACAAAGAUUAGGAAAUCUACAAGUAAUAUUUCUGAUAAUCUUUCGAUAAGCCCAGAAUUUAAUAAGUCACCAAAUUUUAAAAAUAAAGAAUUAAAUCAACAAUUUCCGCAAUUGAAUUCGUUUGCAGUUUCUAAUCCAUGUUUUCUUAGUAAGGGACGUCAUGUUCACAAAUUGACAUAUUAUCCGGCAGAUCAUGUAGAGGUCAAGAGAUAUUUGCGUAAAAUUGAAUAUAAAUUAGAUCAGAUACCAUAUUCUUGUGUUAUAUGGCCAAGAGGUCAAAAAGCUUAUGAACCUAGGAAGGUUAUGUUUACUUAUCCAAACAUUAAUUAUAAAUGGAAUUACGUCGAUCAAUUAGUUUGUGGAUACCAAGAUGACCUUUCUGAUUCCGAUGAUUUAAGGUUUUGGAGAACUAGGUUUUUAUUGAUUCCAAUGGAAAGUGUUACUAACAAUCAACAGAAUGAAGCUUUGGAUGAAGAAGAAGUUCGAGUGGCCGGAAUAUAUAAAUUUCUUGAACUUUUCGAGAAAGCAUAUUGGAUUCCACCGAAUGAUCGAAAGGAUAUUAAUAAGAAAAAGAAAGAGAACAUAACUUCAUCUCUACAUAUUGCAACACUUGAUCCAUCAUUGCAUGUGAAAACUUUUGAGGAAGUGCAUUCACGAAGAUUAUCAAUUAAUCCGCCAGAUGAAAGACUUGGUAGAGAUUCUAAAAUUUCGGUAAUAAUUUCAGCAAUGAUGAACCCAGUAACUGGAAUUGUACGAGAUAGACGAUGGCAUUUGCUAUCUUAUCAAAAUGCAUUUGUUGGGAAUGAGUAUGUUGAUUGGUUAUUAAAAAAGUUCCAUGAUAUUAAGACUCGUGAAGACGCUGUAUCAUAUGGAAAUGAAUUACUAGAAAAGGGAGUGUUUGAGCAUUGUACUAAAAGACAUCAAUUUAUGGAUGGACAUUUUUUCUAUCAGAUAAAAGAAGAUUAUGCAGAACGAAAGACGAGAAGAUGGUUUCCUCCAAGGUUUACAGCUCCGAGUACACCUAAUUCAUCUGUUACAACACCCAUAUUAUCAGAUCCUCCAAAACAACCAAUUGAAUUAACUAAGGCCAUGCAGAUUGAUAUUGAUCCAUUAAAAAAAAGUGAUAGAAGAGAGACAGCCACAUUACAUUAUGAUUUGCUGUUUAAUCCUGAUAAUUGUUAUCAUUUUCAACUUCAUUGGUUAGGAUGUACAGCACGACUUAUUGAGGAAUUACUUCAAAAAUGGAGUGGAAACGCCGAUAGAUAUGGGUUGAAAUUAGUCGAAGUACCUGUAGAACAGGCAAUGAGUAUGACUGAUAAUAAUCCAUUUCAAUCUCCAACCCUUAUAAAAUUAUCAGUACCACCACCGUCACUUGACUCAUUGGGAAAAAAAUUACAUCCAGCGAUAAACCAACAUUUAUAUUUUGAGAAACAAUUGAUUAAACAUUUUAAGUUUAUAUUAGAUGUUGAAGCUGAUGAUGUGUUUCCUAAGGAAGUGAAAAUCAAAUAUUCUUAUAAUAAAACGCCGUAUAAAUAUUCACAAUAUAUACAUAGAUCAGGAGUUGCAUUUAUACAAAUUUGUGACGAAGGAUAUUUGUGGGUGAACAAUAGAUUGUUUACAACACAUAAUCCAUCAUCAUCCAACGCUAUUGUUAGAAAUAGCGUUCAUUUACCGGCUUCAUUAUUAACUAAUACGAAUUUGGUUGGCUGUAGGGAUUCUAAUUUGAUGGCUGUUUGUGCUAGAGAGUCAAAUUUGAUGAGUAAGAGUGUUGCAAACCUAACGCCCAAUCCUGAUAUGUUGUUAAAUGUUUUUCAAAAGUUUUGUGAGGAUGAAUCAUCAUUGAAACAGUUUUGGGAUGAUGUUGUAAGUAGAUUACCAGAGCAAGGAGAAGAUGAGACCGAGGAAGAAUUGCGUAGUAGUAAUCAAGAGCCUUACGAGAUUGCGUAA